CCAUAGGCGACUGGGCGCAGUGCACGCUAUUCCGAGCAUAUGAACGACGUCGGUUUGAGCCUAGCGCAGCAUUUCAAUUUCGAAGGAAAUUCUAACCUGGUUCCGUUGGUGCUGAGUUUCAGGCUUGCAGCAGCCAUAGAAGUGUAGGAGUUGGAGAGAGAGUGAUCAAUUCGAUGCCUUCACUUCGCAUCCUAAACAAAAUCUGUUAUUCGAUAAACCAGAAUUGCAAAUGCCAGUACCGAACAAUCUCCUCCACGGCACAGUUGCAGGGUUCAUGGAUGGAAAAGGUCAAAAACGUCAUCACCGGCCAAAACAGCACGCCCCAGUCCCAGGGAGACGCCUCCGAAUCAUUCAGUCUGCUCCGUUUUGCGGAUGAAAUGAAGAAUGCAAAGAGAAUAGGCGCGUUUAAGGAGUUCAUGGUUGGGCGAAGCAGCGAAGCCACUUUUUCCUCCGCCUUCGACAAAUACGAAGCCAUAAUUCGAUUUCUCGGUGCUUUGGACCCCACUGGAGAGAAUCUCCAGACAACUCAGAAACAAGAAGCGGCAAAACAUUGUAAUUGCACGAUUGCUGAUGUGGAGAAUGCACUUGCCAAGUUUACUUGGGCCAAGGAAGCACAGAAGAAGUUAGAGAAGCUAAAAGAAGAAGGAAAACCAAUGCCAAAAAGCUUUGCUGAAGUCCAAAAGCUAGUUGGUUCAACUCCAUUGGAUCUUGCUAGGUCUAAUUUGGCCCAAGCUGGACAAAUUAGCAGGAAUGCACUUUGUCCAUGUGGUUCAAAGAAGAGAUACAAAAGGUGCUGCGGAAAGGAUUGAAGGAAUUCAGAGAUUAAAUGUUAAACUGCCAGGAAGCCUGAUCUGUUAUGGUGGUUUCAUACCUACACAUGGCUAAAUUGAUCUGCAGUUGUACCUUAUUUUAUUCAGUUCAGAUCAAGUUGGCCAAUGCGCUAGACUGCAAACAUGCCCCUAAGCUGAUUUUAGGAUGAUAUAUUUUGCCCAACAGUUGCGUGAUUUUCUUUAGCUUUCUAAUUUUUGAGGUGAUCAUAGGCAGAACCAAACAGAAUAUUUUUGUUUUGUUCAAGAGUAGUUAGUUAGUUCUCUUCUUUCCCUUGCUCCUGCCUAAUUAGGCAAGGGAAUAAGAAAUAAUUGUAGUCUCGUUCUAAAAGUCAAAAUGCUUAAACUCAUUUUUUACUGAUUUAUGUCAUCAUCAUCAUCAUUUUAGUGCC